UUCAUCUUGAAAAGAUUCAGAUGAAACCUUGAUUUCGGUUGAACAACAGCGAUUGAAAAUUUUGAUAAAAAGUCACACAAGUGAAGUUAUUGUUUCAAAUUGAAUGUUGUGCUUAACCAUUGAUGUUGUUUCCCAAUAAUUUCUAAGUGCCAAUAAAUUACAAUAUUUUUGUUAACUGUACAAUUAGUUUCGAUCAAAAUGAUUUUAAAACUCGACAGGAGCCUCGAUCGAGGCAACAAGUGCUCCUCACAAAGUGAAUCAUCGCUUUUGUCACCUUUGCCUUCAUCCCCGUCAUCUUCUUCAUAUUAUUGUCCAUCAUCUUCAUCUUCAUGUUUAUUCACCAACUUCAAAAUGCCAUCAAUCUUUUCACAUUAUUUCAACUAUUUAAUAAUUUCAUCAUUAAUUAUUUUAUUUUCAUCGCUGGUUCAUGGAGCCGAUUCAAGUGCUCGACCUUUUUACAACAUUGCUCACAUGGUGAAUUCAAUCAAAGAGAUCAACACGUAUCUUUCUCGUGGUGCCAAUGCAAUCGAAGCUGAUGUCUCCUUCUCGUUGAACGGAUCAGCUCUCUACACUUUCCAUGGUUAUCCUUGUGAUUGUUUCCGCCAUUGUACCGAAAGAGAGGAUAUUGAGACAUAUUUGGCCCAUGUUCGAGAAAUUACAAAACCAGAAAAUGCAAAUUACAAGAAAGAUUUCGCUCUUCUCUUUCUCGACUUGAAGAUUUCCACUUUACCUGCGUCAGUUAAAGCGAAUGCUGGAAGUGAUUUGGCACAAAAAGUGAUUGCAAAUUUAUUUGAAUUUGGAUCAACCACUUCAAAGAUCAAAUUACUUUUAUCGAUUGGCCAUGUUUAUGAUUACGAUUUUGUCUUAGGUUUUCAAAAUGAACUCGAGAGCAAUGGUCUAGAGCAUCUGAAUAAGAAAAUCGGUUGGGAUGUCGGAAUGAAUGACCGAGUCGAAGAUGUGAUCGGGAUGUGGCAAAGACUCGAAAUAAUAAACAACAUUUGGCUUGGCGAUGGUUGUUCUAAUUGUAUCUCUCCUUUUUAUAACCUUGGUCGAUUAACUCAGGUCAUUACAAAACGUGACACAAGAAGCGGGAUGAUCCCCGACCCAGUUAUCGAUAAAGUUUAUCACUGGACAAUUGAUCUGCAUCAUAAUCUAAGAGCUUCUCUCAAAUUUGGUGUCGAUGGAAUUAUCACCAAUCAUCCAGAGAGAUUAUUCAAUGUGUUAAAGGAACCGAGUUUUCGAUUCAGGUACAGAUUAGCGACAACGGAAGACGAUCCAUGGGAACGAAUUCAGUCGGACCCGGAAGAGAAACCAGCGCCAAGUGCCAAUGUAAUGCCACCUGUUAGUCUGAGAGUAGUGACCAGUGCGGCCGAUAUGUUCACUUCCUUCACCAAGUAUUUAAGAGAUUUCGUUUUCUUAAGAUUACCGGUUUACCAUAAUUCAACAAGAUCAUUAUCUUUCGAAAUGCCAUCAAUCUUUUCAUAUUAUUUCAACUAUUUAAUAAUUUCAUCAUUAAUUAUUUUAUUUUCAUCGCUGGUUCAUGGAGCCGAUUCAAGUGCUCGACCUUUUUACAACAUUGCUCACAUGGUGAAUUCAAUCAAAGAGAUCAACACGUAUCUUUCUCGUGGUGCCAAUGCAAUCGAAGCUGAUGUCUCCUUCUCGUUGAACGGAUCAGCUCUCUACACUUUCCAUGGUUAUCCUUGUGAUUGUUUCCGCCAUUGUACCGAAAGAGAGGAUAUUGAGACAUAUUUGGCCCAUGUUCGAGAAAUUACAAAACCAGAAAAUGCAAAUUACAAGAAAGAUUUCGCUCUUCUCUUUCUCGACUUGAAGAUUUCCACUUUACCUGCGUCAGUUAAAGCGAAUGCUGGAAGUGAUUUGGCACAAAAAGUGAUUGCAAAUUUAUUUGAAUUUGGAUCAACCACUUCAAAGAUCAAAUUACUUUUAUCGAUUGGCCAUGUUUAUGAUUACGAUUUUGUCUUAGGUUUUCAAAAUGAACUCGAGAGCAAUGGUCUAGAGCAUCUGAAUAAGAAAAUCGGUUGGGAUGUCGGAAUGAAUGACCGAGUCGAAGAUGUGCUCGGGAUGUGGCAAAGACUCGAAAUCAAAAGUAAAAUUUGGCUUAGCGAUGGUAUUACGAAUUGUGUUUCUCCUUUUCUCGAUUCUAGUCGAUUGAUCGAGUGCAUCAAACUACGUGAUGGAAAAAGUAGAAACUCUGAAACAGUUUUUUCUAAAGUUUAUCACUGGACAGUUGAUUUACGUGAAAAUCUGAGAGCAUCACUUAGACUUUCCGUCGACGGAAUAAUGACAAAUUAUCCAGAGAGACUGUACAACAUAUUGAAGGAACAAAGUUUCAGAUCGAGAUACAGAUUAGCGACAACAGAAGAUGAUCCAUGGGAAAGAAUUGAAUCGAAUCCUGAUAAUAGACUUACACAAAGUCUCGAUUCACCAGUUGGUUCACAACUCGUGGCAAUCGGAACUGAUAUGAUCACUUCGCUGGCAGAAUAUAUGAAAUAUUUUGUGUUGACACAACCACCUGUUGGUGAUGAUUCUUGAAAAGCUCUCAGAUAUUCAGAGAUGAGUUUCGUUUCAUCUGAAUUGUAAGAGAAAAUACAUGAUUUAUUAUAAGUUAUAAUUAAACUGAGAUGUUGAUAACUCCAA